UUUUCUUGGUUGGAUUUUUGGUCCCGAAAAUGAAAACCUUUGUUGACUGGAUGAGCGCAUUCUGCAUUGCAUUGGUGGAACUUGUGUAUCCUUACGCACUUGAACAACCGCUAAGAACUGCGCAAUGAUUGGCUGCUACGAGGGAGGACGCGAUAAUACUUAUGGUGCUGUGGUUGGCUGGAGUCUGAAAAAGGUUCAACCAAUUUUUUCAACAGCUUAGUGUCUGUGGCUCCCGUAAUUAAUUGUAGCUUGCUGUCUCUUAUCGAUGUGUUUUUGAAGAACAUGAAAUAGUUAUUUUUUAUUAUCAUAGAGGACUCGCCAGCGUAAGAGACUGAGAUCCAACUGUGCCGCUGGUUGUUGCCAUUUUACCUUGCGUGUGAUGUUGGACAUGGGAGAACGGAAAGAAGUGAAAAUGAUUCCUAAAUCGUCGUUCAGUAUAAACAGCCUGGUUCCUGAGGCCGUCAAGAAUGACAACCAGCCCAGGUCAGUUCCCGAAGAAGAGGAGAAGAUUCCUAUACCUGCCGUCGUUCAUGAAACUAAGUCGGAGAACGUUUGCAAUAAAAGUGACAAUGCUCCGCAUGAGUCGACUUGUACAGAUGAGAAAGAAAAACAGGAAGAGAAAAAGGAUAGCAAAGACGGCGAAGGAGGGAAAGACGGGGAAAAGAAAAAUGGCAAGUAUGAGAAACCCCCUUUUAGUUAUAAUGCGCUUAUCAUGAUGGCAAUCCGGCAGAGUCCGGAAAAACGCCUCACAUUGAACGGUAUUUACGAGUUCAUCAUGAAAAAUUUCCCGUAUUAUCGGGAGAACAAGCAGGGUUGGCAGAAUUCCAUUAGGCACAACCUCAGUCUUAACAAAUGUUUUGUGAAAGUACCCCGGCAUUAUGAUGACCCCGGGAAGGGAAACUACUGGAUGCUUGACCCUUCGAGUGACGAUGUGUUCAUCGGUGGGACAACUGGCAAACUUCGUAGGAGGUCAACAACCUCCAGGGCUAAGCUAGCUUUUAAACGCGGUGCUCGCUUUACUUCCACCGGACUCACAUUCAUGGAUAGAGCCGGGUCCUUAUACUGGCCAAUGUCUCCAUUCCUUUCCCUCCAUCAUCCGAGGGCAAACAGCGCUUUGAGCUACAACGGGACGUCGUCGCCUUACCCUAGUCAUCCAAUGUCUUACAGCACAAUGUUGACUCAAAACAGUUUGGGAAACAACCACUCUUUUCCUGCCUCCAAUGGCCUAAGUGUUGACAGACUUGUGAAUGGGGAUAUUCCUUACGCCACUCACCACCUCACAGCGGCGGCGCUAGCCGCGUCUGUGCCAUGCGGCCUCUCGGUGCCCUGCUCUGGGACAUACUCUUUAAAUCCCUGUUCCGUUAACCUACUCAGCGGACAGACCAGCUAUUUUUUCCCUCAUGUCCCUCAUCCCUCCAUGACCUCCCAAAGCAGCACUUCAAUGACGGCCCGGACUGUGUCCUCGUCCUCCCCCCAGACGCCCUCCUCCAUCACCUGUGAUUCUUUAAGGCCUUCUCUGCCCAGUUUCUCUUCAGGACUUUCCAGCGGACUUUCUGAUUACUUCACGCAUCAAAAUCAAGGGUCAACCUCAAACCCACUUAUACACUAACUAAUCCUGCACAGGAGCAGACUGUAAGUGAACGUUUUACACCAUUUACAUGUAAUAUAAAAUAACGGAGAAAUUAAGCAAAGAGAAAGAACAAAAUGCAAGCUGUCGAAUUCCAGGUAUUUUUUAUGAAUAUUCUGCAUUUAUUUCUGUAUACAAACGUCAUAUACAUACGUCAAAUGUUGGGAAGUUGUUUUAUUCCUCUGUCAGCAACGUGCAAUGUGACAAGAAAAAAAGACGAAGAUAAAAUGUAGGCUUUUUUUUAAAGGCAGUAUAAUUACAUUAGAAUGUGUAUUGAAAUAGUGACUGCAGAUUUGCCUAAUUUUAAUAUAACAAAAUAUCUAAUAACAUCACUUCACCCACCAGUCCCCAUAUUUGCAGUAUUAUCAACUACCGUGAGUGCGCUGGUGGAAUAUGAUUUUGAAAAAAAAAAAUUACUCACUAAUUUUUAUUUUGAAAUUUCAAAUAAAUAUGUGUUCUUUAAGUGCAGAUUACCCGUGCGAAUUCAUGGCUCUUUGUUACUUUUGUCCUUUUUCUUACAUAUAGGUAAAUGCACUUACAAUGCUUUCGUUCUUUUCAAAAUACUGUUACUUUGUAGACCAAAGACUGGUUAUAGAAAAAAGAGAAUUUCAGUAUUCACCACAUCUGACUGACAGUUUGAGAAGGGUACAAAAGGAAUGAAUGCCUUUAGCUUGUGUUGUGCAUAAUUUUACUGUAUGUGGUCACCACCUGGUCACAUUCUUUUUUGUAAUUAGUAAAUUGUCAAUACCUAUUUGUAAUUAUAGGUUAACUUUGCGAACGUGUAACCCGUGUUGGGUAAAUGCCUCAUCAAAUAUUGAGUGAUUGUUGAUGUCGUCUUUAAAUUUCAUGGUUGUGAUAUUGUGGUCUUAUGCCCGUGUUUGUCGCUUAAACUGUUAACCGAACGAAAAUAAAAGAAAUAGGUUAAGUCCAGUAAUCAUGAAUAGUUUGUCUUUUUUGUCAAUUCAGAAUUGUAAAUGGGUAAUGUUGACUCGAUUGAAAUACCAUGUUAAUUAACCUGAUAUAAUUUCAAAUUUAAGCGACAGUUUGCGGGUAGGACCUAGGCCUCAGCAUUUAGCUACAAUAGAUUUGCUAGUGUUUACUAUUGGUCGUGUUGACCUCGGAAACCUCCAAUCUCCGAUCUGCACGCUAUCUAAGUCUAUGAUCAGGUCUACAUGAAGCCAAUUACAUCUUAUCACGACUAAGCAAAAUACAGCAAUAGAUAAAUUCAGGCCAACGUGCUUGUGUAGAAUAUUCUCCUGUGUCUGCUACGAUAGACCAGUUUGGAGUUUAGGCCUUUUAAAAACAACAAAAACAAAGUUAAACACAGAAGUAAACGGCAUGUGACAGCAAACCCCUGUUAGUCACCAUCAUAUAGCUAUGCUAUGCCUGUAAUGAAAGGGAAAGGCCAAAAGCAAAAUUAUAGCAGCCUACUCCACGCUGUGUUUGAAGUAGCCUAACCCAUGAAUGACAACUUUCAAUAUAUAACGCAACCUUAACAUCCUCGGUUGAUCAGCACAAAUGUGUGUCACAAUCUCAAACAGGCCUGUGAUAUCCCUACAGCCGAUAAUCAGAAAUAAAAUAGAUAGAGGGACAAACUUUCAGCACUAUAAUCCAGCAAUUUGUUCAUUUCGAAAAGAGGCAUCGUGUUGAAUGUGUACAACUGUAAUCCAAUAACCUCGCUGUUUUUCACAAUAGCCCAGUGACACUAGAUAUCUCCCUGUAAGAUGUUAUCGUUCAGAUGUUAAACGGGGUGACCACUCACAAGACAAAGGCUGAAAGAGCCAUGGUUACGUUUUAAAUGUUGAAUAUGCGUGCAUCGUAGUCUGACACGUUUAUCUCUUCCAUUCCAUACAAUACAGUACGUGUGCACCCAUAUAGCUAUAGUGCUAUUAAUAUACUGCUAUAGCUAUACAUAUAGUAGAUUUAGGAUUUAGGAUUAAUUUCUCCAGUUAUGUAAAGACGGAAAUGAAGAAACGUAUUAGCACUAUUCCAUGGGUAGCCAUGAGCUGCCAAUAGAAAAUAGGCUAUGGGUCAUCUCUUUUUUAUUUAUUUUUUGGUGUGUGAUGCCUUGCUUCUGUCCUUGACAUUAAUGUUGACAUUGUAUGUUUCGUUUCUGAAAUGCAGUUUACAAGAACCAGAUCCAUGCCAAAAAAAAGAUGUGCCGAAAACUUACUUAAGAUAGGCUAAAUUGGGAUGUUAGCCUAACCCUUUUGGAUUCACAGUUGAAUCAGUAUACGACUAUGGAAGUUGGAGGGAUUUAGUAGUUGUGAUUGUUUCCCUUUGCCUAUGACGUGUAAUUGCUUUACAUCUGCAAAUACUUUGCGGUGGUGUCCAACCCACAAACCUUAACAAAUACCUGAACCGCAACUAAGCAACUGCAUCGCUUAUUAACAA